UUUGUUUGGAAGCUUCGAGCUUUUAAUUCUUAAUCUUUUGAAGAACUCAGAAGAAGAAAAUAAAAAAGAUGGCAACUUUGUGAAAGGAAUAAAUCAAGAACUUUCCAACUUUAUUAUUUUAUGUUUUCGUAAGGAGGGAAGAAACUGUCAAACCGGUCGGAAGUUGCCAACAUUCAUUCCUUCUCUGUCAAAUCUUUGUGGCAGAAUUGUUUAUUCAACAAUCGCUGAGAAGCCCCUUUCUUCGACUUCGUUGAAACGGUGAAGAAAAGAAAUGGUCGGCCAUCUGCUCCACGACUUGACGGCAUCUGCCAUUUUCAUUCCCCAACGAAUCGGCGGUCAAACCACGAAUGAUGGACAAAAUGGCGUUGUACGAGAAGGUGUUCAAGCAGGUCGACGGAGAUGGCGAUGGGAAGCUGUCUCCACUGGAGCUGCAGCGGUGUAUGGCUGGCGUCGGGGGUAGUUUGACGCUGGAGGAGGCGGAGAUGGCUGUGGAGAAUUUGGAUACGGACGGCGAUGGGUUGAUGGGGUGGGGUGAAUUUGUUGCGUUUGUGGAAGAAGUGGGAGAGGAAGAGAAAGUGAGUGAUUUGAAGGAGGCGUUUAGGAUGUAUGAAAUGGAUGGUUGUGGGUUCAUAACGACCAAGAGUUUGAAGAGGAUGUUGAGUAGGCUUGGGGAAUCAAGGAGCAUUGAGGAAUGCAAGAAAAUGAUUGCUAAAUUUGAUCUCAACUCUGAUGGUGUUCUUAACUUUGACGAGUUCAAGUUCAUGAUGUCCUGAUUUUGUAUCAUUUUUCUUUAUGUCUCCUGAACUUUGAACUCAGUUCAGCGGCUGCAACAAUACGAUUACUCCUUUUCUUUUGUUCUUU